AUGAAGCAUCAGCCUAACAAAUAUUAUCUUGGUGGGCGUGUAGAUUUUAUUGACUAUGUUAAUGACACAGAGUUGAAUUUGUCACAAUUCAAAUACAUGGCAGAACUAUGUGGCUAUGAGGGAGAUUCAGUUACUUUCUGGCAUUUGUGCGGGAGAUAUGGUAACCGAAUGCGACUUAUUUCUACUGAUGUGGAAGCAACUAUUGUAGCCAAAAGUAUUCCAGAUAACAAGGUGGUCGAAGUAUACUUUGAACAUCUUGAUUCAUAUAUUGGAAGGACUAUACAUACUAAUGAAGUUGGUAGAGCAGAACAAGAAAAAGAAGUACACAGUGAGCAUUCUUCGGGUGAUGAUGAAUUUGAAGACUCAGAAAAUGAUUUUCUAGAUGAUGAUGAUCUCUUGGGAAGCAAUACCAAUGUGAAUCAUAGAUACGAAGUUAGUGAAGAAGUUAAAAAAAAGAUGGCAGCUGAAGAAGGUGAUUCGGAUUGUGUUGACUCAGACGAUACAAAGAGCUUAGAAUGUGGCUCUGAUGGUGACAGCUUCAACUUUCCAAAGUUCAAUCCUAAAACAGACGGGGAUAAACCAGUGUUGGCAUUAGAACUAACAUUUGAAAACAAGAAUGAGUUCAAAUAUGCUGUAAUAACUCAUGAAGUUAACCAAGGGAAAUACAUAAAGUGGUGCAAGAAUGAUAGGGAAAGAGUGAGAGCAACUUGUGGUCAUCCAGAUUGCAACUGGGAGAUUUUAGCUUCAAGAAUACAUCGAGAUAGCGCAUUCCAGAUCAGAACAUACAAUCACACUCAUCGUUGUAGGAAUUGGAACCAUCGUAACAAAUCAAUUAAUUCAUCUUAUAUUGCACGAAGAUACCUUAAGGCCAUAGGCUCAAAUAGGUCUUGGGCAAUCUCCGAAUUCAGAGAUCACGUUAGUAUGGAGCUAAGAGUCCAGGUGACAUUAUCACAAUGUAGAAGGGCUAAGAGAAAAGCACUUGCAUUGAUUGAUGGAGAUCUUAAUGCUCAAUACAAGGUAUUGUGGAACUAUUGCAAUGAGAUUGGUAGGACAAAUCCAAAUACCUCUGUCUAUAUGAAAUUGGUUGAAAAUGAGGUGCCCGACAAGCCUAAGAGAUUCCAGCGAAUUUACAUUUGUUUUGGUGGUUGUAAAGAGGGGUUCAAGAGUGGUUGUCGAAGAAUAAUUGGGAUCGAUGGUUGUUGGCUUAAGGGCCCAAUGUAUGGAACUCAAUUGUUAACUGCUGUUGGAAUUGAUCCAAAUAACAAUAUCUUUCCAAUAGCAUAUGCAGUUGUAGAGAAGGAAAGAAAGGAAUCAUGGGAAUGGUUUUUGAAUUAUUUGAAGAUUGACUUAGACAUUGAUGAUACUAGUACUUGGACCUUCAUGUCGGAUAAGCAAAAAGGUUUGAUUGAAGCGUUCAAUGAGGUAUUGCCAUAUGUUAGUCAUCGAUUCUGUGUGAGACACCUCCAUAACAACUUCAAGAGGGCCGGAUUCGGUGGUGACUCACUCAAGAAUGCCCUUUGGAAGGCUGCAAGAGCUACGACAGUAGAGUGGUUUGAUGAUUGCAUGGUUGAUAUCUUUGAUCUUGAUCCAGAAGCUGUUGAUUGGCUCAAGAACAAGCCACCUACUGAAUGGUCUAAAUCUCACUUUUCCGAAACUGUGAAAUGUGAUACCUUACUCAAUAAUAUAUGUGAAUGUUUUAAUAGCAUGAUCCUUGAGGCUAGAGAUAAGCCGAUUAUCACUCUAUUGGAGAAGUUAAGGUACUUACUUAUGUCGAGGAUGCAAGCAAAUAGGGAUAAAGGUGCCCAGUGGAAUGUUGGUGAUAUUUGCCCUAGGAUUAAGGAUGUAUUGCACAAAAAUCAAGCUAAGGCAGCUGAAUUUAUUCCUAGGAAAUCAAAUGAGUGGAAUUAUGAGAUAAUAGGGGCAAGCAUAAUGAACAAUUGGGCUGUGGAUUUACUAAAUAGAAAAUGCAGUUGUAGGAGAUGGGAUCUAACAGGAAUUCCUUGCAAACAUGCCAUUGCCGCAAUUUGGGCUAAACAUGAUGACAUUAACUCAUACGUGGAUGAUUGUUAUAAGGUAGAAACUUAUAGAAAAAUCUAUGCAUUUUCUAUUCUACCUAUGAACGGUCAAGAGAUGUGGCCUAAGUCGAAAAACAUACCUCCUUUGCCUCCACGGUUGGUGAGAAGAGGACCUGCUAGCGAAGAACAUAUGAAAGCAACUCAAGAAAGUGGAGUGAAAAUUUUUGCUGCUAUAGAAGGAUAA